UAUCACUUAGUCUUUCUUCUUUCUGGUAAUAUAAUACUGAGCAACGUUUUAGAUACUGAAUUUAAUGUAGGAACUAUUAAGUUUGUAUACAGAUACACAAUCAUGUGCUGUUAUGUUAUUGUAACCGUUCGAAGUAUGUUGUGGAGUUUACUAAGCAUAACUGCAUGCUUAACUGAGCUAGCAGCCUUCAUGAGCGCCCACUGGCUUAUAACAUCUGAAAUGAAAAUUCCUGACAGCAACUCAACACAUGUUAAUGGAUUAUCAAGUGAAACAACAAUGAUUCGCACAAUUGGUCUUUUUCUUCGUUGCCAGCAAGUUGGAAAUGAUGAUUUUAUAAGAAUGUCAGAUAACUGCCGUGUGUAUGCUCACUCCAUUGGGGAAAUUGCUUCACCUUUUUGGACUGCAACCUGUAUAUUCAUGGCCACAGCAAUACUGUUCCUGUUGGUAGUUGCCUUGUUUUCAGUGUGGGCUUUGUGCUUUCGCAAUCUGGGAAGGAAAAGCAUAUUCAGUAUAUCAGGAAUUCUCCAAGCCAUAGCAGGACUGUUGUUAAUAUUUUCACUUGUCCUGUUUCCUGCUGGUUGGGGUUCGGAGAGAGUUCAAUUUGAUUGUGGAGCCCACACUGGUGCCUUUAAUCUUGGAACAUGUCACAUUGGAUGGGCAUACUAUGCUGCAAUGUUUGGUACCCUGUUAUCUUUCUUUUGUGCUGUGAUGUCCAACCAAGCUGAAGCAUCCACUGGAAGUGAACGUGUUGAAAACGACAUUAUAGAUGGCAAGAAUCCGGUUUGUGCAUUGUAGAGUUCCAUCUCUGGGCCAAAGUAUAGAUUCGACACACUGUAACAGCAAACGGUGCUUCCAGACUAAGUUGGUGUCCCAGUGCUUCCACUAUUUUUUUUAAACAAAUAAUUGUGUAAAUUCUUUAGUAAGUUUAGUGAAUCGCCACUAAGUCAUGUUUGUUUAUUCAAGUAUUGUCCUGCCUUGGUAUAACAUAGCAUAGAAAUUCUUUUAAAUGUGCAAUUAUGUUCCAUUAACUAAAAAAACACGGUACCAGUUUAAAGGAAUUGAGACUUAGGUACGCCUAGUCCUGGUUAAUCAAUCUAUGCAGGUUCGCCACCAUUCCACUACAUUCUUAAGUCAACAUGCCACAAUCGUUUGACAAGCCGUAAGCUUAAGUAGCUAAGUUCCUCGUGCCAAGUGCUAUUUGGCAUAUUAAACUCUCAUAUCGCGUACUGAACCAACAAACAAUUGUGCUACGUGAUCAACUUGAACUUAAUCGGUGAAAGAAUAACUAAAAUAUGCGUUAAGUACACUUAUGUAAGUCUGUAGUAUUUCACUCGCAAUCUGAACAUUAAACGUCAUUGCAUUUAAUCGCUUUGCUGCCAUUGCAUAACUUUUUAAACUUUAAGCGUAGCCUUAAAUUUAAAUUUGUCCAUCGCGCCGCCGGCAAAUAUUUCGUGGAUUUAGCAGGCGCUAACAGAACACGACGGUACAUGAUCAUGUUGUUGUUUUAUACUGUUUCGCUGAAACACGUAAACGAUCGUAUAUUUUCCAAUGGCGAACAGACGUCGCCUGUCCAGUACACAUCCUAUACGAACGGCCGAGAUAUGUUAUUAAAGUGUAACUGCUGUUUAAGCGUCGGUUGCCCAAGACACCCGAAAAUUAUCCAAAAUUUCUUAACCCGGGUAAAUCGAAAUCAACGUUUGCUUGGCCACCUGUCGUCAUAAAGAGCCAAUCUCAUGGUACAGAUUUCCCGUCAAUCACGCAAUCCUCGGUUUAACUAUUAUCGUUGUGUCGCAUUCUCGUGCUUCCCGCGGGACCGUUUAUUUAGAUCAUUUUUUAAGGACGCUUGAACAAUUGAUCGCCACAAGUCCCCACGGGAGCUAAUCUUUAACACAAAACCUCCAUCUUACGAAUCGCGUGAUCACCUUUGCAAAACAUGUUUACGGCUUCUCUGGAAGGCGAAAUCAGUCACUAUUAGUUACCAUGGUGGUAACUCGCCUUAACAUUGCAGCACCGCCCAAGUAUAUCACUUUGUAAUCAAAUCAUAUUCCUUCUUAUUAAUAAUUCAUGCCUAAGCCGUACAAACCGCCAUAUACAUAUCGCGUAGUCGUAAAGGUCUAUUUGGUUAACUGAGUUUCUAUCGACCCCACAUUUACUUUUGUUUGGCUUAAAUUUCUAUCAUUCUAUGUGUAUUGUUUUGUGCAAUUGAAAAAGUAUUAAGUUUCUUUUCUAUUUAUUCGGUAUGGCCCAUUGUUGUUUGAAACCAGGUCAUGUUUUCCUACGUGCCAAAAUUUCAAACACUCCUUUAUACGUCAUAAGCUUCUCGGCUUAUGGGCCUGCCAACUAUUGUGUAUUCUCAAGAAAUUACGUAACAACAUAGAAAUGUACCAACUUAGUCACAAAUUUUGGGGGAAAUCUAAAAGUACGAACGUUCCUCUAUGUGUGGUUGGUAUGUGUUAUAUCGGGUAGCUAUUUCGCCAUCUCGCUUACAUACAAUAGCAAAACCACUGUACAUUAUAUUUUAAUUCGUUAUGUGCUAUGAGUCAUACGCAAUAUGUAGUUAUUCACCGUGUGUUCCAAAUAAAUGUAAAGUACCCACAAAUA